AUGGUUGUUGGUAGUGUUGAGGAAAUAUACUUCUGUGGGAAAUUUCAAGAUGUUUCAUAUCUGGUCAUUAAUUCGAAUCCAGGAGGUAUUGUAAUUAUCAAUGUUAAUCACUUUGAUGAUGCUAACAAAAAUCAGAUGGUUGUAGGGAAGAAAGAAACACCCCAUCUCGUACAACGUGGUAAACAACUAAUUGGUAACUAUCUUCUUCAAUCGAUUAUUUCUAAUAUUGAUCUACGAGAAGAUCUUACUGAUGCAGUGAAGGAAUUUGUGAAAUUUUGGUUUAAAAUUGGGGACUCUGUACAACGUGGUAAACAACUAAUUGGUAACUAUCUUCUUCAAUCGAUUAUUUCUAAUAUUGAUCUACGAGAAGAUCUUACUGAUGCAGUGAAGGAAUUUUUCUUUAGGGGCUCCACAAACUCGACACACUCUGACCCCAAGAAAGAACUCUGUGCAUCAUCCCGCCACAUUGAGCACCAGUGCAACAACCAUGCCGCACUCACCCUUCUCCACAAACACCCCUCAGCUUGCAUUGUCCAAGACAAGGUGGUUUAUAAGGUUGAACCAGAAGCAUUGGGACCAUUCUUUGCAAAACAUAGCCAUCUGUGGACCCAUCCAGAUGAUUAUAGAGGUAUAGAGGUUAAAGCACUAACACCAGGUGCUGGACGGAAGAGUGUUGGUCAUAUCAAAGUCUUAUCCGAAAGGAGAUCUGUGAAUAAGUCUUCAGGAUUUUUUUAUUAUGUAGGGAUAAAGUUGGGAGAGUUGGUACACAGAUGUAUCUACGCAGCUAAUGGUGCUCAGCCAUCAGUGAUGGUGCUCAGCCAUCAAGUCUGGAUAGAGGAGACUAUUAAGAGUAGAGACAUGGUUCUUCUGCAUGUGAGUGGUUAUUUUAAGGAAGAUCAAAAAGCAGGAUAUGGAGUUAUGAUCCGGGAUGUUCAUCUCAGGCCUAUAAAAAGCAGGAAGAUCAAAAAGCAGGAUAUGGAGUUAAGAUUGAGUUUGAAAAGCAGGAUAUGGAGUUAUGAAAAUGGACUGAUUAGAUGUAUGUUAGGUGUUAUAGGGAAGGAUUUGGAAGGAUUUGUGUUUGUUUAUUGUAAUACUUGUGUUUGA